AUGCUCAACAAAGAUGUUCAAUAUGGCGAUAUUCAUAUGAUAUCUAAGUCAUUAAAAUACUUUGCAGCAUCGGUUGCCUUUGUAUCUAAUUCUUUGGCGCGCGACAAAUUGAUGGGGCUUGCAUCUAAUGUUUCAUUAAUUUUAUAUAAAUGUACUUUACCAAUAAAAAAUUACAGCAGUGUUUGUCAUGCGGAUUGUUGGAAUAAUAAUUUGGUUUUCAAAUAUCAAGUAAGUAAGAGGCCAGUGGAUUGUUUAUUGGCUGAUUUUCAACUUGCACGAAUAAAUGGUGUGGUAGAUCAUUUCUUUGAACGAAAUUACUCUUUGUACAAUGUUCUCAAUCAAUAA